AUGGCCAAACUCCUGAGUCUGUUUACACCGCAGCUGCUGUUUGGUGUCUUCUGGCCAAAUCUCCUUCAGAUCGCUUCAACUGAUCAUUUAUCUGUCCAUCCUGGAGAGAACAUCACCCUGCCCUGUAACAUCACUAAUUAUACUGAGAUAUUGUGGUAUCGACUGAGAUCUGAGGAGGUGAAGCUGCUGAUAUGUGCUGACAAAAGGAACCUGAAGAAAGAGUUUAUCCUCAGUUAUAAUGUGAACGAGAGUCACUUUUAUGUAACAGAAAGCAGCAGUUCAGUCAGUUUAGUGAUUAUAGGAGUUAGAGAGACAGAUCUGGGAUUUUAUUACUGUGGAGGUCGAAACAAAACGACACACAUUCAGUUUGGGAAACUCAUCAGACUGAACUUUACAGAAGACCAACAUCGUAAGACUGAUAACUCGUCUGAGCCUCCACAUACCCAGCAGUCAGGAUCAGAGCUCUGGAUUACAGUGUGUGUGUGUCUGUGUGUCUCUGUCCUAAUAAACCUCAUCUUCAUCUACAUGUUCUGCUGCAGGCUCAAAGGAGAGUCAGUACCAUCGUGCAGCUGUUGCAGUAACACCACAGACUCCGCUGAAAAGGAAGAAAAUAUGCAUUAUGCCAGCAUUCAACACAAAAGAAGGUCCAGCGUAGCUGCUAAGAAAAACACAGCAUCAGAUUUGGACAGCGUGACUUACGCAACAGUCGCCUCACAGCCUCGGAGACACAAGGUGUCAUAAAUUUAUUAUUACAUCAUAAAAACUGUGUUGUUCUCUCUGGCUCUUAAUAAUUUGUUUUAAAGAGAUAACUGAGUUAACAUGGAUUUCCAUGGAGAUAAAAUGAACUAUUUUGAAAUAAAUACUUAGUAUAUUUGGAAUAAAGUUUGAAAUAAAUAUUAUAAUACUAUAUUUAUAAAUAAUAAAUGUUACAAGAACCAUCUGGUUAUUUAGAUAAAUUAAAAAAAUAUUUUUUAAUGCUUAGGCAAAGUAGAUGGCUCAUAAAGCCUAUAUAAGCCCUAUAUAAAAAAUUUGCAUAGGACUGAGAUGAAAAGCUGAGAUACUGGUAGAGAUAAAAUGGCAGUGAGAAACAAGAUGAGGUGUAAUUCAAUGUUGCAUAAGAAACUGGUCUAUCUAAUGGCUCUGUUACAAACCUCUAAAAUACUCCAGAGUUAAAUUAAUAAUCGAUGUAAUGCCCAGC